AGUUUUCUCUUUUUAACAUAUGUCCACUUUCUCUAUUUCAAAUUUCAAGGAUUUCUAUUUUAUGUCGCAAGUUCUGUCACUCAACAAUAGUUGCGAGGUUACAGUAUUUUAGGUCUAAUUAAAUUUAGAUUUCUAGUAAUUUAUGAUAGGAUUUCCUUAGGAUAUUACUUAAAUAAAUAUAAAAGUAGUUAAUUAUGUACUAGCAGGUAAAAUAGAUGUUUGUACAUAUUUUUAUUCAAGUGUAAAAUACAACGGAUUUACAUCACACAUUGAUAAAAAUAAUCAUGCGAUGACUUAUACUAAUAUUGACUUUAAAGGGUAACUUUUGUCAUGAGGUCGAACAAUAAAAAUACUCUCUUAAAAGUGGUAAUUUUGGGCGACGGAAAUGUUGGAAAAAGUUGUUUAAUGAAUAGAUUCGUAUCCAAUCAAUUUGAUGAACAUUCAUUUCAUACAAUUGGGGUAGAAUUUUUGAAUAAAGAUAUAGAGAUUGACGGGGAAACUUACACUUUGCAGAUUUGGGAUACUGCUGGACAAGAACGAUUCAAAACAUUGAGAACUCCUUUUUAUAGAGGUAGUGAUAUAUGUUUGUUGACUUAUGCUAUAGAUGAUAAAUGCAGUUAUAGAAAUUUACAAAUGUGGAAAAAUGAAUUUUUAUAUUAUGCUGAUAUAAAGGAAAACGUUCAAUUUCCAUUCAUAGUAGUAGGAAAUAAGUCUGACGUAUCUGCCGAAGAAAGGGAAGUAUCUCAAUUAGAACUUGAAACAUGGUGUAACGAAAAUUCGAUAACAUCAUUUAUAGAAACAUCAGCGAAAACUGCGAAUAAUGUACAAGAAGCUUUCAAAAUGGCAGUUCAACAUUGGCUGAAACUGGAAUCGAGAGCAGACAAAAUUGAUGCGGUUGUUAAUGAUACUGUAGAUUUGAGAAAAAAGCAGUCGGAUAAUAGGAUUUCCUGUUGUAUUGGAUCCGGUGAUGAGUAGCUAUUAUAAACAGGUUGGAGAAUGUCCACAUCAAAAAGGAAUUAUUUGAUUGAGGUAUCUGUCAAUAUUUUUCCUUUCUACCAAGGUUUCAACAAAUGUUGAUGUUUUAGAUUAUAGGAAAUUUUCAGUCUAACAUUGUUAUUAUUGUUUAACAAUAAGAAUUGUUACCUUUUUUUUAUUUAGUAUUGACCAGUAUUGUACGUUUCUAGCCAAAUAUUUUUUUAUACCUAAGAUAUAAUCCAGUGAGCCAAUUAUAUUUUUUAUUUUUUAGCACCAAAAGAAAAUCUAGUUUUCAAAUUGUACAUGUGCACUCCAUCAAAUCGAACUUUACCCUGACGUCAUACCCAACAAAAAACACGAAACUUUUUCAAAACGAAGUGGCUAUUUGAGUAUCUUAUCGUAGAAUAUUUUUGGAAUGUCUAAGCACCAUUUUUUUCCAAGCUUGUUACUUUCCUUUCAAUUGUGCUCAAACAACUAAUUCCCUAUCUUACCUCGCUACCCCCUCUUACUCCUUCUUCCCCUAAUCGUGAUUCAUUAAGCUCAGUUGUCCUCCACCAGUUUCAGAACUCCCUUAAGAUUUUUCUCUUCAAUAUUCAAAGACCCUCUUAGUACUUCCUUGAUAGGCACAUGGUUUUUGGAUCCACUGGUCUAUUUCCUGUUCUGUAUUUUCUCAACUUUGUGCUUAGCUCUUAACUGCUCAAAAAGCCCCAAAGAAACCGAUGAAAAUAAUGAAUUGCUAAAAUAAAUGUUGAAACUCACUUGACUCAAAUUCAUAGGAAAACACAUAAUCAAAAUAUUGCGGGCUACACAACAUUCAUUUGAAGACGAAACUUUUCAAAAUUAACGAAUUUUACAAAAACUGUUAUUUCAUAUUUGUAAGAUCUGGUGUUAAUGAUCUCCAAGUAACAUAGCUGCUAUGAGGAGAGUUAAGUUUUAGGACUGUACAAUUUAUCUCGAAAUAUAAUUGAAAUGAAUAUAUAAAAUUUACUCAUCUCAAAUCAUAUUUAGUUCACCAAGAGUUCAGGGAGGUCUCUUCAGCUUCGUUAACCAUUUUCUUUUUUUAGUAUAGGAAACCGUUGUGUCAAAAUGAAACAUUGCAUUUCAUGAGAACAAAACGGAGAAGAAAUAAUUGCGGCAACGUUGAACAUAACCGAUUUAAAUGCCCGAAGCCACUUUAGAACAUUAUAAUUUAUCCCAAAAUAUGUUUACUGUUAGUGAUGUCAGGAUAAAGAUGGAUUUAUUUGACUGUAUGUAAUAUUCCUAUAUUGCUAGCGCCUCUAAGUGAGACAGCAAAUGUCUUUCAAUUUUUUACCCCCCUUUUCUCGAAGCUCAUGAUCCAGUUACUGUUAAUAUUUAAACCAUCGCUACAAACAAAAGUGCUCUUGUGGGUACAUUAAAAGGGUUUACCUUCUUACCUUUUUUGGAGUAUAUAACUAUUCCAUUUUGCUAUUAUUUUAUAGAUGAAAUAAAAAUAUAAACUAGAAUCAACGAAAAAUGGAAUUAACAAAAAAUAUGAAGAAAAUAGCCUUAAAAUUAAAUAAAAUAUGUUUUCGCUUUUCUUCGAAUCACUAUCUUGAAAUUAAAUUAACCCGUGAGCACUCGCGCCUUUAGUACUUAAACGAGUACUCGUGCAUAGAGCAUUUUUAAUUACGUUUUACAAAAAACCAAAAAGUAGAUGAAUUAUUCAUAUACUGUUAAUAUAUAAUAAAACAAUCGCGUAAAAUCAAAUAUUUAUUUUUAAUGUAUAAAAUUCGUUAUACUACGAUGUUUUAAUAACAAAUUUAGUGAAAUAAAUUGGCAUUUUUCAAUCGUACUUUUGUUAUAAACUAUAGAAAAAAUAACCUUAGUCAAGAAAAUAAAGGAGUAAACAGUAAAACAUUAAUCUUCAUCUCACGUGGUUCAUUUUUUAAUGAUUCUCGUCCCCAGCGUGAUAAAUUUAUUUGUUUAAAAUGAUGAACACAAGUCACUGUCAGCCCCUCUCUUCAAACUGUUUUAGAUUUAUGUUGGUGUUAAUCCUAUUUAGUCAAACAUUGUUGAACAUGAUGGACACAAGUCACUGUCAGUUCCUCCCUCAAAUCUAUUUUAGAUUUAUGUUGGUUGUUAAUCCUUCUUUAGUUAAAAAUUAUUGUAAAUGAUGGACACAAGUCACUGUGAGCCCCUCCCUCCAAUAUGUUUCUGAUUUAUGUUGGUGUUAAUCUUUCUUUAAUCAAACAUUGUUGAACAUGAUGGACACAAGUCAAUGUCAGCCCCUCCCUCCAAACUGUUUUAGAUUUAUGUCUGUGUUAAUCCUUCUUUAGUCAAAAAUUAUUUAUAAUGAUGGUCACAGUCACUGUCAGCCCCCUUCUCCAUUUUGUUUUUGAUUUAUAUUGAUGUUAAUCCUUCUUUAGUCAAAAAUUAUUGAAAAUAAUGAACACAAGUCACUGUCAGCCCCUUCCUCUAAUCUGUUUUUGAUAUAUGUUUUGGUUAAUUCUUCAGUCAAAAUAGCGAAAAACUCAAUUGGAUAUAUAUUUCAAGUGGUCAUUCGAAUUUUACUAUAAUAAAAUGGAUCGAAGCAGCAAGUUGAAACUUUGUGUAAAGCUUGUUGAGAAUUGUUACUGACGCGUGCAUCAAGAUUUCUGCGAACGCAUUCUAGUUGUAAGAGGCCAAGAACUUAUUGACCUAACUACGAGAAAAUUCCGCAAUAUGUGAUAUUCGCUUACGAUAUAGGAGUAGUUGUAACAAAUAGUUUAUAAGUAGUUAAUUAUUUAUGCAUUUUAUUAUAUUUAUGAAAAUUCGUAUAUAUAUAAAUAUAAAAAAACUAAUGAUAAGCUUCAUGUGCAACAAAUAAUUACUAGUGCUAGAUAAAUUUGAUUACAAAACGAUUAUUGGUAGAUGCACUUUCCAUCAUAAGUAUCAAGUAUUAACUUAACUAUUAUAAAUCAUGCAUUUUUAUAAUCCAAAUUAAUCUUUGUUUUUCCUAGAGGGUGCUAGUUACACACUUCGUACCGAGUAACGUUUUUGCUUUCCUUGUUCACGUUUCCUUAAUCCAUUUGUUUACUAUCCGGAAAAGAGAGAUAUAAUUCUUAAACUGAGGAGCCUCUCCUAAUAUUUUCAAAAAACUUCAUUUUUUUAUGAAAGUUAACGAUACAAAAUCCAUGUUGGCUUUAAUGGGAAACAAAAAAUGUCAUUGAAAUCAUUGUUAACAGCCUUGCAACAGUCAGAUUGAUAAUUCCUCAUGAAAAUUGUCAUUCUGAAGUAGAACAAGAACGAGAAAUAGCUCGAAGAAUCGAUCACGAAAAGUUGUGUCGAAUUAAUACUUCAAUUUAUUUGAUUAAGUACGUCAACCAAAAAACAAAGUGAAUGCAAUUGAUGAUUGUAACCAAAAAAAAAAAAAUCAAAUAUGGUUCUUGAAUAACGCAAAAAUUUUAUUCAGAACCUUAUUGUCGAAUCGUAAUAAUGUCUUCAACUAAGAUUAAAAAAACAAGAGAGCUCAAUUCUACCCAACAAAUCCAUCAUUGUUUGAUACAUGUAACCUUAGAGGCUUAAUAGUUGUUAGCUUUCAACGAGUUAAUUGCAUAUAGAAAUCAUGACUUGUGAUAAUGACAAAUCUAUAAAACAAUUGAAAAUUUUGAAAUGAAUCGAUAUAAAACUUUCACAAUUCUCCACUGGUUGCGAUUCUGUACUUUUGCGCUCCAAUUCGGUUCUACCUCUCUAAUAUCUUUCAAAACUGCAUCCAACCAUUCUAUCUUUGGUCUUGCACUCCUUGUACUUCCUUCCUCUUCUUCAAUGGCCAUUUUUGCAAAUAUUUUUCCCGGCAUCCUUUUAAUAUGGCCCAACCAUCUUACUCUUUGGGCUUUUAUGUAUCUUGUUAUUGAUGGGUUUUUAUACUUCAGGUCGGUUUUGUCGUAAGUUUUGUACAUCCUAUAUAACAAUUUUCCACGUUCUGACUAUGUUGAAAUAUAAUAUUUAUUUAUAUACGUUGUACAUGAAUCUUAUCCGUUGAUUUACAACUAAAAGCAAGUUUAUCAUGUGGGCAAAUGAUGUAGAUAUUUAUACAGUGUGCGGGUAAAGUAAUGAAAAAUAAAUCUUACGCAAACUCUGUAUAAUCGAUAUAUAAUUUUAGUGAAGUACUCGUGCCGCGUAGAACUUUUUUCUUAUUAAAAAUCCAACAUUUUAGCUUAAAGCACACACACACGUACCGAUAUUUGUACAUAGUAAUAGCUAUAUUAGCUUUUGUACUGCAAUGUGUCUUAUAUGUAAUAAAUAAACAUUUCCUAAAAAA